UCCUACAGAGAGCCCUGCCCGGAGAUGGAGAGCAAAACCCUGUUCCUGAUGGCUCUGGGCAUAUGGCUCCAGAGUCUGACCACUACCCGUGGAUGGGUGGCUGCCGACGACAGAAUUACAGGAGGAAGAGAUUUUAUAGAUAUCGAAAGUAAAUUUGCUCUAAGGACCCCUGAAGACAUAGCUGAAGAUACUUGCCACCUCAUUCCUGGAGUGACAGAAUCUGUGGCUAACUGCCACUUCAACCACACCAGCAAAACCUUUGUGGUGAUCCAUGGCUGGACGGUGACAGGAAUGUAUGAGAGUUGGGUGCCAAAACUUGUGGCUGCCCUGUACAAGAGGGAACCAGAUUCCAAUGUCAUUGUGGUGGACUGGCUGUCACGGGCCCAGCAGCAUUAUCCAGUGUCUGCGGGAUACACCAAGCUGGUGGGAAAGGAUGUGGCCAAGUUUAUCAACUGGAUGGCGGAGGAAUUUCACUAUCCUCUGGACAAUGUCCAUCUCUUGGGAUACAGCCUUGGAGCCCAUGCUGCUGGCAUUGCAGGAAGUCUGACCAAUAAGAAGGUCAAUAGAAUUACUGGACUAGAUCCAGCUGGACCUAACUUUGAAUAUGCAGAAGCUCCAAGUCGCCUUUCUCCUGAUGAUGCAGAUUUUGUAGAUGUCUUACACACAUUCACCAGAGGGUCACCUGGCCGAAGUAUUGGAAUCCAGAAACCAGUAGGACAUGUUGACAUUUAUCCUAAUGGAGGCACUUUUCAACCAGGAUGUAACAUUGGGGAAGCUAUCCGUGUGAUUGCAGAGAGAGGCCUUGGAGAUGUGGACCAGCUAGUGAAGUGUUCCCAUGAGCGCUCCAUUCAUCUCUUUAUUGAUUCUCUGUUGAAUGAAGAAAACCCGAGUAAGGCCUACCGGUGCAAUUCAAAGGAAGCCUUUGAGAAAGGGCUUUGCCUGAGUUGUAGAAAAAACCGUUGCAACAAUUUGGGUUAUGAGAUCAAUAAGGUCAGAGCCAAAAGAAGCAGCAAAAUGUACCUGAAGACUCGGUCUCAGAUGCCUUACAAAGUCUUCCAUUACCAAGUAAAGAUACAUUUUUCUGGGACUGAGAGUGAUACACAGACCAACCAGGUCUUUGAGAUUUCUCUGUAUGGCACUGUGGCUGAGAGUGAGAACAUUCCUUUCACCCUGCCUGAAAUUUCUGCGAAUAAGACAUACUCCUUUCUAAUUUACACGGAGGUGGAUAUUGGGGAACUGCUAAUGUUGAAACUCAAAUGGAAGAGCGAUUCAUACUUCAGCUGGUCAGACUGGUGGAGCAGCCCUGGGUUUACUAUUGAGAAGAUCAGAGUAAAAGCAGGAGAGACUCAAAAAAAGGUAAUCUUCUGUUCCAGGGAGAAAGUAUCUCAUCUGCAGAAAGGAAAGGCAUCUGUGGUAUUUGUGAAAUGCCAUGACAAGUCCCUGAAUAAAAAGUCUGGCUGAAACUGGGCAAAUCUACAGAAGGAAGAACAGA